GAUCAUACACCUGUUCAUGGAUUAUCUGAGAUGAUUGUUGGUGUUCUUGGAGGAGGACAAUUAGGUCGAAUGUUAUGCCAAGCGGCUUCACAAAUGGCUAUUAAAGUCAUGGUUUUAGACCCACUUGAAAACUGUCCGGCGAGUGCACUUUCUUAUCAUCACAUGGUUGGUAGUUUUGAUGAUAGUGCUACGGUUGAGAACUUCGCGAAGAGUUAGAUGUGGAGUGUUGACUGUUGAGAUUGAACAUGUUGAUGUCGCUACAUUGCAUAAGCUUGAACAACAAGGAGUAGAUUGUCAACCUAAAGCCUCUACCAUUCAGAUAAUCCAAGAUAAAUUCCUCCAAAAGGUCCAUUUUUCUCAGCAUGGAAUUCCACUUCCUGAGUUCAUGCAGAUAGAUGAUCUUGAAGGUGCUAGGAGAGCAGCUUGUCAGUUUGGCUACCCUCUUAUGAUCAAGAGCAAAAGGUUAGCCUAUGAUGGGCGUGGCAAUGCUGUUGCCAAGAGUGAAGAGGAGCUUUCUUCUGCAAUAAACGCGCUUGGAGGAUUUGAUCGUGGUUUAUAUGUUGAGAAAUGGGCACCCUUUGUCAAGGAGCUGGCUGUCAUUGUCGCAAGAGGAAGAGACAAUUCUAUCUUGUGCUACCCUGUUGUUGAAACAAUUCACAAGGAAAACAUAUGCCACAUAGUCAAGUCACCUGCUGUUGUGCCAUUGGAAACUAAGAAACUUGCCAAUGAUGUUGCUUACCGAGCUGUUAGUUCAUUGGAGGGUGCUGGUGUGUUUGCAGUGGAGUUAUUUUUGACGAAUGAUGGACAGAUUUUACUAAACGAAGUGGCUCCUAGAGUUCACAAUAGUGGUCACCACACAAUUGAGGCUUGUUACACCUCACAAUUUGAGCAGCAUUUGCGUGCUGUUGUUGGCCUUCCGCUUGGUGAUCCAUCAAUGAAAUGUCCAGCUGCUAUCAUGUACAAUUUACUGGGUGAAGAUGAGGGGGAGCCUGGUUUCCGUUUAGCUCAUCAAUUGAUUGAGAGGGCUUUGGGUACUCCAGGUGCUAGUGUUCAUUGGUAUGAUAAGCCAGAAAUGAGAAAGCAGCGGAAGAUGGGUCAUAUAACUCUUGUGGGGCCAUCUAUAGGCACACUAGAAGCACGGCUAAAUUCGAUGCUGAAGGAAAACAGUUGUGGUUGUCCAUCUGUAGACACCCCGUCUGUUGGAAUCCUCAUGAGCUCUGAUUCAGAUCUUCAUGUGAUGAAGGAUGCUGUGAGGAUAUUGAGCAUGUUUGGUGUAGCUAAUGAGGUAAGAACAGUUUCAGAACAUCAGACUCUGUUUUCUUAUGCCUCAACUGCUCAGCAGCGAGGCAUUCAAAUUAUCAUUGCUGGUGAUGAUGGCCACUUGCCAGGUAUGGUUGCUGGCCUUACUAGCUUACCUGUUAUCAGUGUCCCUAUUCGCUCUUCUGAAUUGGAUGGAAAGGAGUCAGCGGAUGACCCUGUUGCAAGAGUUGCAGUAAAUGACGCGAAAAGUGCAGCUUUUUUCGCAGCAAAGACAUUGGGGGUUGUCGGUGAUGCUGACCUACUUGCAAGAGUGAACCGGUAUCAGGAAGACAAGAAACAGUGACUCGACAAAACCAGAUAAGCAUUAGGAAUGAACAACAUAAGAUAUGAAUUAUAUUAGAGCUACAAUUUUUCGGAUGCAUACGAUUGUUUUGAGGAUCACUCAAAUUCAGUUAAAAGUAAAAUUAUUAGUAAAGCCUAAUGACCUUGCAAGCUAAUCUUUUAUCUUUUUGGUCUUUACAGACUACAGUAUUACACAGGUUUUCUGCUAUCUUUCUGUAUAAGUUCGGGGAAAGCAAAUUGCUUUGCUGAAUCAAGAACUCUGUUAUUGAGAAUAUGUUCUAUCUUACAAUAAUGAAUUUUUAUUUGGAUUAUACGGUCAAAAAUAUAAACCUACCUCAUUCUGUUAUA